AUGCGUUCCCUACCGGAAGAUAUCGCUGUUCUUUACAGACAGCGCUUGAAGACGCAAGAUAAACAAGAUGCACCGUCCAGCUCCGCAGCAGGCUCUCGUGCCGAAGAAGUGAACACUGUCAUGGAAUUUCUGAGGGUCCAAGUGGAGAGCCGAGAGGAGACCAAGGCAGCACGCGUGAAAGAAAACUCGAAUCUCGCAUCAACCGAACUAGUGCAUUCACGGAGCUCCUCCCACCUUCCGUCUGCUUUGGCGUUAGCUACAGGGUCCGUCCCUCUCGACCAGCUCACGUGUCCUUUGUGUGACCAGUCUGGUCACACAACCCAGGAGUGCCACGCCUCCUUAUCAGCCGAUGAGAAGCGAAGGAGACUGUCAACAAGGCGUUGCUGUUUCAAGUGCGGCGAGCGUGGGCACAUGGCUCGUCAGUGCCGCACUGCAGCGACACUGAAAUGUCGGGCCUGUUCAAGCCGCCAUCUGACGGUACUGUGCGACCUAUGGAAGCGACCUGACGCAAGGUGUCCACAACCGCCAUCCGCCCUCGGGGCCUCGAACAUCCAGUCCACAUCUGGACCACAGAGCUACUAA